AUGUCGACGACGGAACCCGAAGAACUCCAAGGAGAGCCACGGUGGUCUAGUAUUCGCUAUGCACCUCACCCUCUUCCUGCAAAGUGGUCAAGCAUUAUAGACGAGAAGCUAACGCUACUAGUAACGCAGUCUACAGCUAGCGGUGAAAGAUUUCCUGUUGGUGUUAAUUGGCUAGAAGUCUCACGCGUGGUGCGACGUUCUCCCGUGGACUGUGUAAAGCGCUAUGCGUUUUUACAUGAUGUUCGUGAGCAAUACGAAGCAUUAGAAGGAGAACAGGAGGGAGUAGAGGAAAUUAAGGAGCUAGAAGAAGAGCUUGAAGAGUUUUUGUUGGAAAGUGGGGAUGAAUAUACCGACGAACAGUCUCUCAGCAACUUUGUGACGCCUGUGACUUCACCCAAAUUGCAGUCAGUAGACACAUUCGAAGCGUUUGUGAGAAGCAGAUCAACUUCCCCUGAUUCUCCACCACCAUUUGCUGUCACUCGACCUGCUGCGAAGCAGCCAGGUACUGAUGUUACAGGAGGAAGUCCAUUCAGAUGGGAGAGUUUGGUGAGUGACCCUAAUUACACAGCACCAAUGCUUAAUUCUCCACCGAGUUUGCACCAGAAACAACGCACUCGAAGUGGCUAUGAUGUGAAGAAUGAUGAAUCAAGGGAAAUAUUCUUGGUGUCAUCGCGGAGAAUAUCACCCCAAGGAUCUAUAUCACCUUCCUACUCGGAGGGCCAAGGUGACGAAAUGGAAGCUAACGCGAAUUAUACUGCAUCAGUUCUCGCACAUGCCUUCAAGGGACUGAAAUUGGGAGCCGUGCCACGCCACUUGGGUUCACCUCUUAUUGGUUCUCCUCGUCUAAGCCGAAAGAUCUCGAAUAUAGAGUAUCCAUUCUUGAAAGAGGAGGACAUUUCUACUCGCGAAUCCGUGCCAAGUAGUAGCUUUCAUGGAAUCGGAGGAUACGAAGCUAGAGCUGCGGCAGCGCCAUUUUUGAAUGAUGCCUACAAAGCGGACGAUGCAGCCGCUGGAGAUCUGCAGCGUCAAAUGAACGCGCGCUUAAUGCGCAUGUCUGCUAUGUCUUCACUCCACGGCGACAACCCAUUCUCGGGCUCAAUUACCCAGUCAGCGCUGGAAGAUGCUUUUUUAGAUAUGGCUGGCUCGCGUUUAGAUGCUUCCAGUGUUCUUUUGAGCAGUUCAGCAAGUCCUGAAGCUGAGCCCCAAGAUCGUUUUAAGCAACAAAUUGAAAUGGAUCGUACGGGUGCACAAAAUUCUACCUCCAAGUUGACAUAA